CGACAGUGUCUCAGCUCGUAGAGUCGGCACGCCAAUCGACAACCUGAAAUCGCCGUGGGCUAUCGUGUCUCUCUCAUCAACAAUCCUCUCACAUCUACCCAUCUAUCCUCUUCCUGUUUCCAACUACUCGAAUUAGUCUCCUACCCACCGCGGUGUUCGCCACCUCAACCCCGUCUCACAUGACUUUCCGUUAACUGUUCAUACACUCGGCAUCACCCUCCACCUUACGGGCACCGAAGCCCUCGAAUUCCGCUUCAACCUCCACCCACUACACCCCCGGUAGCGAAUGGCGCCGUCCGUAGACGCAUCCUCGACGCACUAUGCGCUCGUCGUCGACGCCGGUUCCUCAGGCUCGCGCCUCCAAAUCUACUCGUGGCGCGACCCCGGGCUCGAGCGCGAUGAGAUUCUCGGCGAGGUGCGCGCAGCACGCAAGGCCGGUCUGGGCGACGGAAUGCCAUCGCGAUGGUGGUGGUGGGACCACCUCAAGCGGAAGGAUAACAGCAAGGCGAGCGCCGAGGAGAUGGAACGGCGCGCUCUGCGCCGGCUCGUGCGUGUCGGCAAGGGCGUGAGGGGGGACGAGUGGGUCAAGCGCGUUGAGCCAGGCAUCUCUACUGUCGCGCCAGAAGAUAUUCCGGGAUACCUGGCCCCUCUAAUGGCCCACGCCCUUGAACAUAUCCCCCCGAGCCAGCGCGGGCGCACGCCAAUAUACGUUCUCGCCACGGCGGGGAUGCGGCUCUUGAGUAAGGAAGCGCAGGAAGCCAUCCUCGCGGAGACGUGCAGCACUCUCAGGCGCGAUUACCCAUUUACGUUGGAUGGACCGUCGGCGGCAGGGCCGUGCGGCGAUAGUGUGCGCGUCAUCAGCGGCGAGGAGGAAGGUAUCUGGGGCUGGGUGGCCGUCAACUACCUCAUGGAUGGUUUCGGGCACGCGCCAGAACUCGCACAUGCGGACUCUGAGACAGAGCACGACCACCUCCUCCCCUUACCCAGUCUCGCAUCUGCCCCCGAUGGGAGUAGUGCCACCGACGCAGUGACGCCCGUCGACGUGCAUCACCAUUCACCGACGUUCGGCUUCCUCGACAUGGGCGGGGCGAGCACGCAGUUGGCUUUCUCGCCUUCAACCGAGGAACUAAGCCAGUCACGCUUCCCCGCCAACCAACUAGCUACUAUUUCGCUACGUCUUCUCAGCGGCGAGCUCGUUGAGUGGCCGGUCUUCGCAGCAUCGUGGCUUGGCUUCGGCACAAAUCGCGUGCGUGAGCGCUACGUCGAGGCUGCAGUCAAGGAGUGGUCGGCGCUGCCAUUCAAGCCUGAAGUGAUCUACGAUGCCUGUCUCCCCAACAACCUCACAAUUGCGGCCACGGAACAGCACCCCGCGUUUCUGGGCACCGGUGACUUUACGCAAUGCUUGCAUGCGCUCAAGCCUUUGCUGCUGCACGACGAGCCGUGCGGCGCGGCCCACUGCCUGUUUGGGGGGAUGCCUACACCCCGCAUCGACUUCUCACGCGCCGAUCAGCGCGGCUUCAUCGGCAUCUCCGAAUACUGGUACACCGCGCACCAAGUGCUGGGGCUGGGUGGCGUAUGGGACUGGGCAGAGUGGGAGCGGGGAAUGGGCGACUUCUGUGCUCAGGACUGGGGGACGAUCGAGGCCAAAGUCCAGAGCGCGGAGGGGUGGGCCGAUGUCGAUCUCGCCCGCUUGCAGAUGCAAUGCUUCAAGGGCGCGUGGAUCAGCAACGUGCUGCACGACGGCAUCGGUGUCCCGCGCCUGACCGACAAGGGCGGGAACGCGACGCUGGGCGGGAUGGGGGGCACGAACGCCGAGGCCGAGUUUCGCGCGCGGCAGAAGGGCCUCUUCCAGAGCAUGGACACGGUGCGCAACACCGCCAUCUCAUGGACGCUCGGCAAAGUCGUCAUCGAGGCGAGCAAGGCGGUGUCCGCCCUGCCCGCUGGGCGGUGGGCGCCGCUGAGUGCUGCAAAAGCACACCUCGCGGACCUCCCGCCGUUUUUGCUCGUCGCGUACGCGCUACUCGCAUUCGUCGUCCUCUUUGGGCUGCUACACAUGCUCGGGCGUCGCAGCCGCCGCCGCAAGGUUCUGCCCUUCAGCUCCCUUUCCUUCUUUUCCUCAAUCCCCGGCCUCGCGCGCCUCUGUCCGCCAGACUCGGCCGAUUUGUACGUGGAAGAAGGCGACGGCGGGGCCUCGUCCAUGAAGCGCCGCCGGUGGUGGCCGCUGCGCCGCAAGCGUAACGCGCCACACCGCUCGCCGCUGCUCCGACACGCGAGCAUGCCCCUCUCCUCUGGCCCGUUCAACGCUUCCGGCACCGCUUCGAGCUGGCAGGCAUUGAGCGCGAGCCAGCCGACAAGUCCGCGCGGAAACCGCACCGCCUCGAUGCUCGAUGUCACCUCGUACCCCUCCUAUCCUGGCACGCCGGGGAGCGGCGCGUCCAGCUCUGUUGCCUCAACGCCAAGACCUCCACGCCCGCGCACAACGAGCUACAACCCAGGCGCAGAAGCCGGGUGGAACGAUCCCCCCAUGUCCAUGUUCCAGGACUCGAGCAGCUCGGCUGAUGACGAGUGGACGCCCAAGCCCAAGCUGCACAAGAAGCGGACGGGGACGCUCACGCCCUCCGCUGGACCUGGAGGGGAGCGAAUACUCAGCCGGAACUCUAGCCGUGUUAAUCUCGCCGACACAGGACACUUGGCACAGCGCAAUGCAAGCCGUUCCGGCACGCCACAGCGUGAUAUGUAGGACCAUAGAUUCAUUGCAUAAGUGUACUACGAAGAGAUGUGUUCCUGAAUGC